GCUGCAGCAGUGCUGUGGUUGUUGUUAGGUAUAUUGCAUGUACGUAUAGUCUGUCAAUCAGAGGCGGCGCGCGUGGAUAAUAGUGAACAACACAGAGGAGAAACGUGCAUGUGGAAGCGGGUGAUAUUAAUCGCGUGCUCUUAAACUACACCAAACACGCGCUUGCAGUAUUUAUAGACUCGUAUCAAACUCGGAGUUGUCGUGAGCAUUAGGGUCUGACCGGCGGGAAUGGCUUCGUCUCCGUGCGGCGGUGGGAACUUUGAUUGCGGGCUCGAGAUCCAAACUCGCUCGGUGGAGCAAACACUCAUCCCGCUCGUGUCUCAGAUUACAACACUAAUCAAUCACAAAGACAAGCUCAAAAAAACUGAGAAGACCUUACGGGCCAUCCAGAGGGUGGGACAGGCGGUCAGUGUUGCAGUUAGCCGCUUUGUGGCCGUGGGUGAAGCCAUCGCAUCGGAGAAUGAAGACCUGAAGGACGAGAUGGGGCUGGCUUGCUUUGAGGCCAGAAGAGCAGGCACUGCCAUAGCUCAGCUGACGGAUGUGUCCGGUCCGGAGCAGUGUGACGGUGAUGGCCGCAACACCCUAUUCAGUGACAGGCCCGGCAUGGUGAAGGCCGCCCGCAUGCUGCUGUCCUCUGUUACCAAAGUCCUGGUGCUGGCGGAUUGCAUUGUUAUCAAACAGAUCAUAAGCUCACGCAACAAAGUGCUGGUUACUCUGGAGCAGCUGGAGAGAGUCAGCACUUUUCAGGAAUUUGUCCAAAUCUUCAGCCAAUUCGGAAACGAGAUGGUGGAAUUCGCCCAUCUCACAGGAGACAGACAGAAUGAUCUGAAGGAUGAGAAGAAAAGAUCUCGAAUGGCCGCAGCGCGUGCUGUUCUGGAGAAAUGUACCAUGAUGCUCCUCACGGCCUCUAAGACUUGUUUGAGACAUCCAGACUGCGAGUCGGCACGGAUGAACAAAGAGGCCGUCUUCCAGCGUAUGCGUCUGGCCCUGGAGCAAGUCAUCGAGAUUGUAACUGACGCGAGGAGCAGCGGGGAGGCCAAAACACCUCCUGUCAGCAUCUACGCGGGGAUUAAAGACUUUAAGAUUAAAGUGGAAAGUGUCCGAGACUCUAUGUUCUGUAUGUCAUGUGAGGCUCUAUUGGCUCAGUUGGAGGCUCUGGUGGAGAAGACCCACGACUUCACAGACUCCGCUUAUACUAGCCAUGAGCAAAGAGAGACGAUCAUUCAGCUCUGUCAGGCCACACACCGUGAGACUAGACAGCUCAUCAACACAUGGAGACAGGCGCAAUCGCUCAAAGCCAAAGAGACCACAGAAGAGAUGGAGCUCUCUAUUUUGAAGACCUGUCAGAGUGUCAGUGAUCUCAGGCGAGAGCUUCAUAAGGCCGCAGUGGGCAGAGCCUCAGAUCUGUUGAAGCUGCAUUCAGAUCAUCUGGUACUGCAGGCUCUGAAGGCCUCAGGUGGAGAUGGAAACCUGGAGGCAGUGGCUGAUUAUGCCGGCACACUGACCGAGCACAAAGAGCAACUGCUGGAGGCAUGCCGUUUACUCUGCCACAUUUCGGGAAGCGAGCCAUUGGAGAUCACCUGCAUUCACGCUGAGGAAACUUUUCGUGUCAUCGGUCCACAGAUCAUCUCAGCAGCACAGACUUUGGCUUUGCACCCCUCCAGCAAGAUAGCCAAAGAAAACCUGGAUGUGUUUUGCGAGGCCUGGGAGUCCCAGCUGUGCGACAUGGCUAUUCUGCUGAAGGAGAUCAAUGAUGUGUUUGAAGGACGAAGAGGAGAUAAAAAAGCAUAUCUGUCACUACCGAGACCAGGGAAACACUCGGGAAACCUGAAAACCCUUAAGGCUGCAAAACUUGAUGCUGAGGAGCAAACCACCAUUGCUAAGUUAGGGCUGGAGCUGUGUCUGCUUACCUCAGAUGUGGACGCAGAGGUCGAACGCUGGGACGAGCAGGAGCACGAGAUGGUUCGGCUUUGCCAAAUCGUAUCCAGCAUGGCGUAUUCCAUGUAUCUUUUCACCAGAGGAGAAGGUCUGCUCAAAACAACACUGGAUCUGUUUCACCAAGCUGAGGUCUUAUCAGAUCAUGGUCUCCAGCUGUGCUCCAUCCUGCGCUCCCUCUCCACACAGCUGUUGGAUGAAGACAAAAUGCUCAUUAUAUCUGAAACAGAGAAGCUGGCAGCCUCGUGUCAACAACUGCAGGCCUGUGCCAAGACCCUUGUCCAGGGGAAGAGCGCCAUCUUUCAGAAGGUUGACGCAUCCAUACAGAAUACCAAAGGCAUCCUUACAGUGGUGGUCUACCUGCUGCCCACAUGUAAUAAAAUCAUCAGGAAGUGUAAAUUAGAUCGUAGUGGUGUGGGCUCUCCACCACACUGGAGGGACAAACAGCUGAACGCACCCAUCAGCGAAGAGACUCUGAACGGCAAGGGCUCCAACGGCUUCGGGGUCAAAUCCCUCGAGCAUCACAUGGCCAAUCUAACGUUCCUGGAGAGCAAAUAGCCGCUCCAAAGAGCGUAAACCAAAGCCGUUUACGCACACAAUGCACUCACAACAUGCCAUUCUUUGUGCUUUUGCCCGUUUGCUUUGUGGUGUUUAAUAGCGUUAGCGUUACCAGCCUCAUUCCAGACACCAAAAAAUAUUGAAGAAACCUCUGCAUUGCAUGUGUUUAAGUCAUUAUGCAACUGUUUGAGUAUAUAUGGCUGGUAAAUAAGCUAUGGUUUUAACCCAGACUACAACAGUACUUUACUUAUUUUGAAGCAGGACAAACUGUACACUGUAUUUAACAUAACUGCCUCAUGUAAAAGUUGAUGCCAAAUAUAUCCACUGUUUUUAUCAUCUUCCUACACUGGUCUUGCCACAAGUUGGUCUGCUCGGAGCUGAAAUUGACCAUUUCAGUGACUUUGGAUAUAUAGCGCCAUAAUGUUAAGAGGGUUCUGGUUAAAGGUUUUAAAGUCGAGGAACAUCAUUUUCCAAAGAGGCAUUUCUGAAGGAUGUUCAUGAAUAAAGAAUCAGUUCCUUAAAGUGUACUUUGUAAUAUGGACUGCCUUGUAGGUCACUGUGAUUUGUAUUUUUAUGUCAAUAUAAAAAUGUAAGCUAAGGUUUGGUACAUUAACCUAAAAGGCUGGGGUGACUGUAUUUGAAUUAAUAGGUUAAACUGUUGUGUACUGAAAGGAAAAUUUUAAUGUGGCACAGAUAAAAAGAAACUUCUGUAUUAGGGUUUUAUUCACUCAUACCUGUUCUAGUGAUAUACAGUUGAUCCUCUGAUUCAUCCUACAGUCAGUCAGCCAUAAGCUUUAGAGAUGAUUGUGCAGCUAUAAGCAGUUGUAUUAGUACUGGACCGUUGAAUGAUUGUUUAAUCACAAAAAAUCUAAAUAUAUGUUAUUUUUCUUAAAA